ACGGGAAGGUUGUACUCAAAAAUAGAAACCUAGCGGGACGCGCGCGCGUACAUUUUCCGACGGUUUAGCCAGAGGUUUAGGACGGUUUAGACCUCCCCAGACCAGCAGCCAGUAUGAUGUCGGAAACGGUCGUAACGGUGGAGACACCGAACCGGAUCGGCAAUGGUCCAACGAAUAAUCCGACCAGCCAGGAGCAGGCCAAACCCGACUCCAACCUCAACUGGCUGAAGUUCAACACGCAGUACUUCAUCACCAUUCCGGGCAUACUGAAGAUCGUGCAGGUGGUUUUCGGUAUCAUUUGCAUGGCCUGUGCCUCACCGGCCCUGAUCGGUGGUACUCACUUCUUUUUGUUCGUCGUCGUUACCUUCUUCAUCGCCACCAUCCUUUGGACAUUCGUGUACUUGUUGGGCAUCCGUGAGGUCCUCAACCUGCCCAUCAACUGGAUUCUGACGGAGUUGAUCAACACGGCGAUUGCUACGCUGCUGUAUUUCAUCGCUUUCAUCGUGCAGUUGGCUUCCUGGUCGAAUCUGAUAGGCCAUGGACGUGGUUCCAACAUCGCCGCUGGUGUAUUCGGGUUGUUUAACUUCCUCGCGUACACCGCCGGCACGUACUUCCUGUACGUCGAGCAUCGAUCUGCCGCCGUGUAAGGCCACGAUCGGGAUCGGCCCGUUUUUUUUUCCAGGAGGCGUCAUCGUUAUGCCCCACGGAUGACACUUGCUGCUGCACGAUCCAGAACCACACGAGCACGCGUUAGGGAGCGGGCAUCGCACAAACCGACCCGGUCACCCCAAAAAAAAAACGUGCGUUUACAUUUAAUGAUCGAUAGGAUAACUUCUAACACGUGGCCCAAACGUUCGGGCCAACGGAAGACAAGCGUAGUUUGUAGCCAAUACACGGAAGAAGCUAGGGAUGGUAGAUAAAUCAGGCAGGCCACAUUGCACCCGUCAUCGAUAGGAACUCGA